AUGCUGCGCUGCGGUGCCCCCCUGGCAGCCCUGCUGCUGGUGGGACUCAGCUUGGCCCGCGGGGACCCCCGGCCCCCCGCUUCCCUGCCCCUCUCCGCUUGCGGGAUGGAGGCACCGAACCGCCGAGCCCCCCUUUCCCCGCAUCACCCCUACGGGCUGUACCCGCAGGGUGCCGGGGUGCUGGGUGCUGCAGCCCCCCGAGGGCGGAGAGCGCGGGGAGCCGCGGGAGGCGGAGGGGAGCCCGGGGGAGAGGAGGAUGGCGGGGAGCGGAGGGCAAAGCUGGAGCCGCAGGUGCUGCCCGCUUUGUACUUCUCCGGCGGUCGGGAGCAGCUGGGGGGGCGGCCCGGGGCGCUGCCCCCCAUCCCGCGGCGGGAAUUCACCCUGGAGCUGUGGGUGAAGGCGGAGGGCGGACAGAGCAACCCGGCCAUCAUCGCAGGUGUCUUCAACAACUGCUCUCACACGGCCAGUGACAAGGGCUGGGCGCUGGGCAUCCGUGCCCUGCAGUUGGGUGGCAAGAAGGACGCCCGCUUCUUCUUCUCCCUCCGCACGGACCGGGCAGCUGCAGCCACUGAGGUGACCUCCCACCACCGCUACCGCCCCGAGGCCUGGACCCACCUGGCUGCCAGCUACGAUGGGCAGUGGAUGUCCCUCUACGUGGACGGGGCACGGGUGGGCCGCAGCGGAGGGCAGGGGGGGCCCCUGCACAGCGCCUUCAUGGCCUCCUGCCGCCUGCUGCUGCUGGGGGGAGAUGCCUGGGGGACUGACCACGCUUUCCGGGGACACCUGGCUGGGCUGGCCCUGUGGCAAGAAGCCCUGCCCCAGCACCAUCUCCAGCGUCGCUUCUUAGAAAGGGUGUCGGGGGAACGGCCGGGGUUGGUUCUGGCCACCGGUUUCGCCACCCUGGAGGAGCACUGGGUGCCUUUUCGGGAGGGAGCCUUCCCCCAGCAGCAGGUGCUGCUGUCCCCACCGCCCCCUGUCCUGCAGCCACUGGGGCCCCCAGCCUGCGGGCAGACAGUCUGCGAUAACGUGGAACUGGUCUCCCACUACAACCAGCACUGGCCGCUGAGGAGCGAGAAGACGGUGAGAUACCGGGUGGUCAACCUGGCGGAGGACAGCGGCGGGCGGCCGGCGGUCAGCUGGGAGCAGGUCUGGAGGCAGCACCGGGCCCUGAGCGAAGCUUUCCGCCCUUACAACAUCUCCUGGCAGCUGAGCAUGCUGGAGGUCCACAACUCCACCCUGCGCCGCCGCGCCGUCCUCCUGGGCUGCGAGCCCAGCAAGGUGGGCAACGAGCGCUGCGACCCCGAGUGCGAGCACCCGCUGACCGGCUACGACGGCGGCGACUGCCGGCCGCCCGGCCGCUGCUUCUCCUGGAAGCGCCGCGACGGCGUCUGCCACGGGGAGUGCAACAACAUGCUGGAUGACUUUGAUGACGGGGAUUGCUGCGACCCACGGGUCACCGAUGUGGCCAGGACCUGCUUCGACCCCGACUCGCCCCUCAGGGCGUACAUGAGUGUGAAGGAGCUGAAGGAGGUCCUGCAGCUGAACAGCACCCACUUCCUCAAUGUUUACUUCGCCAGUUCGGUGAGGGAAGAGUUGGCUGGUGCUGCCACUUGGCCAUGGGAUAAAGAGGCCCUUAGUCACCUGGGUGGAGUUGUCCUCAACCCUGCUUAUUAUGGUAUGCACGGCCACGCCAACACCAUGAUCCAUGAGGUGGGACACGUCCUGGGGCUGUACCACGUCUUCAAGGGAGUGAGCGAGCGGGAAUCUUGCGACGAUCCCUGCCGGGAGACAACUCCAUCCAUGGAGACAGGAGACCUCUGUGCUGACACUGCCCCCACCCCAAAGAGUAAGCUCUGCCGGGAUCCAGACCCCACCAAUGACACCUGUGGCCAGACACGCUUCACAGGAACACCCUUCAACAACUACAUGAGUUACACAGACGACGACUGCACCAACACCUUCACCCCCAACCAAGUGGCCAGGAUGCAUUGCUACCUGGACCUGGUUUACCAGCGCUGGGGGCAGAGCAAGAAGCCUGCACCCAUCCCCAUCCCCCCCAUGGUCACCGGGCAGACACAGGACUCCCUCAGCAUCUACUGGCUGCCUCCCAUCGGUGGCCUCAUCCACGAGAGGGAGCAGGACAUGCUGUGUGACAGCUGUGCAGAGGAUGGCACCUUCCGUCAGUACGUGCACGAGGCCUCUUCCCCUCGGGUCUGUGACUCCUCUGGCUACUGGACCCCAGAAGAAGCAGAAGGACCCCCAGAUGUGGACCAGCCCUGUGAGCCCAGCCUGCAGGCCUGGAGUCCAGAGCUCCACCUGUACCACAUGAACAUGACAGUGCCAUGUCCCCAGCCAGAUGGCUGCAUCCUGGAGCUACGCUUCCUGCACCCUGUCUACCCCGAGUCCCUCACCCUCUGGACCACGUACCUGUCCACGGGCACUCCCAAGGCACUCUCUGACAUUGAAGUCUUGACAGAGCAGGGGGACUCCAUCCAUCUAGGCCCCCUGGACACCUUCUGUGAUGUCCCUUUCACUGUCAAGCUCAACAUAGCUAAGAAGGUGUCUGGAGUCAAAAUCUACACCUUUGACGAGAGGAUGGAGAUAGACACGGCUCUGCUGACCUCCAUGCCCCGCAGCUCUCUCUGCUCCUCCUGCAAACUCUUCCAGUACCGGGUCCUCCGUGACCCCCCGUUUGCCAACGGAUCCCCCACCACCCCAGCACAGCCCCAGAGACACUUUGUGGACAGGGAAGUCUUGCCUGGGCAGGUGUACCACUACCAGGUGCAGGCCAUCUCUGGGACCACCUCAGGAGAAGCCUCCCCACCGCUCGUCCAUGUCCAUGGAGCACCCUACUGUGGGGAUGGGAAGGUCACCUUGAGCCUGGAGGAGGAAUGCGACGACGGGGACUUGCUGGAUGGAGAUGGCUGUUCCAGGAAAUGUAAAAAGGAAAAAGGCUUCAACUGUGUUGGGGAACCAAGCCUGUGCUACGUGCACGACGGGGACGGCGUGUGCGAGCCGUUCGAGGUGACGAGCAGUGUCCUGGACUGUGGUCCCCACACACCUGAUGGGUACAGGGAUCUGUGGGCAGCCACAGCCUACGCCUCCCAUCAGGACCUGAAGUCCUGCCCUGCUUCCUUGGCCACCGGAGAACCUGUUGUGAAGGUAUGUAAAUCACACCUUCGUGAUGUGCCAAAAGACCUUUCCCUGGCUGCUUGGUUCCCCUGUGCUCCCAGCCAAGACAAGGAUCAGGAUCCAGAUGAGGAGAGGAUGCCCUUGGGCGAUGAGGGAGUUUGGCUCAAGGUGUGCUUUGAGAGACCUGCAGUGCCCAGCGCCCUCCUGGUCUUCCUGGCCUCUGAUGGCACUGAUGUCCCCAGCCACCAGCACAAACCAAAGGUCACCAUCCAGCUGAGCGACGUGGACGGGCUGAACCGCUCUUUGGGGACGUAUGAGCUGUCAUGCCAGCACAACCCCCUCAUCAUCAAUGUGACUCAUGGCCAGGAGGGCCCAUCCCACCAGGCUGCGUCGGUGCUGCUCAACUUCUCCUCCCCUCUGGUGGGCAUCUCAGCCGUGGCCCUAAGGACUUCAGCUGAGCCUGGCUCUUCUGACCCCACCACCUGCCUCCUGCAGCACCAGGAGGCACGUGGCCAUCAGCACUACAGCUGUGUCCAUGGUCCCUGUGCAGGAUCAGGAAGAUGCACACGGCCACUCCUUGCUGAUGCUGCCACCCUCAACUGCACCUCUGAUGGACCAAGGCACAUGGUGUGCAUCGUCACCUGCAAAAAGGGCUUUGUCCUCCACUCCAGCAAUGGGAAGAGCCUGGGCUCCACCCAGGAGGAGCUGGUGCUGACAUGCAGCUCAGGAUGGUGGGACAGGUCUGUGACUUGUGACCCUGUUGACUGCGGCGUCCCUGACCAGUCCCACGUGUAUUAUGCCGAGUUCUCCUGCCCCAUGGGGACCACCUACCUGAAGAGCUGCUCCUUCUCCUGCAUCCACCCAGCCAAGCUUCAAGGGACAAACCAGUGGCUGACCUGCCUGGAGGACGGUCUCUGGUCCCUCCCUGAAGCCUACUGCAAGCUGGAGUGUGACACACCACCCCCAGUGGCCAACGCCAAGCUCCUGGUGCCACGAUGCCUGCAGGGGAACCAUGACGUGGGCUCGGUCUGUCGCUACAAGUGCAAGCCUGGAUACCACGUGGCCGAGAACGCAGCGGGCAAGCCGAAAAAGAAGUUCCUGAAGGUCCAGUGCCUGGAGAGUGGACAGUGGGAAGAGGGACACUGCAUCCCUGUGGUGUGUGAGCCCCCUCCUCCUGUCUUUGAGGGCAUGUACAACUGCACCCAAGGCUUCGAGCUGGACAGCCAGUGCACCCUCAACUGUGAGCCACAGGGACAGCAGGUUCCCAUCAGCUGCACCAAGGAAGGUUUGUGGACAGAGGAGUUCAAACUGUGUGAGAGCUUACGGGGCACCUGCCAGCCCCCCCUGGAGCAGAAUUCCGUGGAGUACAAGUGUGAGCAGGGACAUGGCAUAGGUGCUGUGUGUGUACCUUCCUGCCUCAUACCUCCCAGUGACCCUGUCAUACUGCCCGAGAACGUCACUGCGGAGACUAUGGAUCACCGUCUGCAGCCCACCAGAGUCCAGCACGUUGUGUGCACGGGCAGGCUGCGCUGGUAUCCGGAUCCCUCUGUCAUUCACUGCAUCCAGUCCUGUGAGCCCUUCCAAGCAGAUGGCUGGUGUGACACCAUCAACAACCGGGCGUACUGCCAGUAUGACGGGGGUGACUGCUGCUCCUCCACACUCUCCUCCAGGAAGGUGAUCCCCUUUGCUGCUGACUGUGACCAGGACGAAUGCACGUGCCGUGACCCAGCGGCCGAGGAGAACCAGUAG